UAUAUACUUUUAUAUAUAAAUCGUAAGAGAGGACAAAGAACGAGAUUCUUCAGAACCUCUCAACCUUCUCCUAAUUCAUGGGUAGAGCCCAAAACCCCACCAACAUGGAGAUUGAUCUCUCUUUGAAGAUAGACGCUGAUGAUGAACAAAAACCAGAAGUUGAUGAGCAAAUCAAAGAGUGUAACGAGGAUGAAGAAAUGGCACAGAUUCUGGAUCAUAACAAGGAAGAAGUCCCUGAAGCUGCAGCUGGUGAAAUAGAAGAUGAUGCAUCAGUGGUUCAAACAUCUUUGCAAGAUAACACAAAAUCCAAAGAGUUAAGUGUCCUACAAAUGGAGAUGGAGAGUAUGAAAGAGGAAAACAAAGUUCUGAGGAAAGUUGUAGAACAAACAAUGAAAGACUAUUAUGAUCUGCAGAUGAAAUUCUCAGCUAUCCAGGAAAACAAUAAAAGAAAGGAUCAUGAAAUUUCUCUCUCCCUUCAAGACAUUGCCACCACCAGCGGUGAAGGACCAUCGAGAAUUCUUGAGAUCGUGAACAAAAAAAUUCAAAGUGCUCCAUCUCCUCCAAACACUGAUGAUGACAGUUUAAGCGAGAGUGAAUUGGGUUUAUCAUUAAGGUUGCAACCAAGCACGAGUCAGAAAGAAAGUGAUGUGGGAAACAAUAAGGAAGAGAGAAAAGAUCUGCAAUUGGCAAGUUUUGUAUCAGUGCAGAACAAACUACAGCGGACACAUGAGUUACCUGGUAUCACUACCCAUGCUAUCUCCCCUCCAAACAGAAAGGCUAGGGUUUCGGUUAGAGCAAGAUGUGAAUCUGCCACAAUGAAUGAUGGGUGCCAAUGGAGAAAAUAUGGACAGAAAAUUGCAAAGGGAAAUCCAUGUCCAAGAGCCUAUUAUCGUUGCACUGUAGCCCCAGGCUGCCCCGUUAGGAAACAGGUACAAAGAUGCAUCGAUGACAUGUCGAUUCUUAUUACAACCUACGAAGGGACACAUAACCAUCCACUCCCUGUGGGUGCAACUGCCAUGGCUUCUACAGCUUCUGCAGCAGCUUCCUUCAUGUUGCUAGAUUCAAGCAACCCUAUUUCAGAUGGCACUUCUAGUUUCACUCAAGCACCUCUUCCUUACAACACCUUCCACCCAUUAAACUCGGCUUCAAAUUUCAGGAGCAUAAACCCCAGUGAUCCAUCCAAAGGGGUUGUUCUUGAUCUCACAAGCAACCUCAGUGAACCACUACGUUUUUCAACCGGUAGCUCCUCCAAUACCACAACUGACACACGCUUUUCUUGGAUGCAAAACAAAUACCAAGGUGGUGGUGCAAUCACAAUGAACAACAAUUUUCACAAGCCUAGACCAGUGGACAUUAUUCAUGAUCAUAGAAUGUGGAAAGGAGAAGAAAGCAAGCCACUUGAUGAGAAUGUGUCUGCAAUUGCCUCAGAUCCUAAGUUUAGGGUUGCUGUUGCUGCAGCCAUAACAUCUCUCAUGAAUAAAGAGAGCCACACUGCUACUCAUCCUAUAGGGACUUCGUUUGGUCCUAGAAGUGGCCAAAAUGGUAGCUAGCUUUAGCUCUAGCUUGUCACACCAAUUGGGUCGUAGAAAAUCUCUUUAAAAAAUUGAUAAGCCACACUUGAUUUUUCAACUUGAAGAUAAGAGUAAGUUGAAGAAAAACAGGAAUGUUAUACUUUACACAUGUUCAAUAGACUUGUCAGACAUUACAUUUUAUGUAUCAUCGUAUAAAUAACAUACAGGGGUGGUUUCUUCUGUUUUCCUUGUAAAUUUUUGUGUUAUUAAUUGUUGUUGGUUGUUGUGAAGUACGGUUUGGGUAAUUAACUAGUUGGAUGCCAUACACGUGGAAAACGGCUUUUAACUAAUGCAGUUCGCAAGGCUCAAUUAUUAAA